AUGGCGACGAGCACGGGCACGAGCACGGGCACGGGCACGAGCGCCGACCGCGAGCCGCCCGCGCCCGCAUCGCCCGACAGCGGAGAGGCGCGAGGGCGGCGCCGCGACAGAGAGAGCUCGGGCGACGACGGCGCAGACGGCGCAGACGGCGAGGGCGGCGGCUCGCGCAAGCGCCGCAGGAGCAGAAAGGGGCUGGACAAGAAGUUUGAGUGCCCGCACGAGGGCUGCGGGAAGAGCUACUCGCGCGCCGAGCAUCUGUACCGACACCAGCUGAACCACAACCCCAAGCAAAUCUACAACUGCGACUUCCCCGACUGCCACAGGUCGUUUGUCCGCCAGGACCUCUGCGCCCGCCACAAGGAGCGCCACACGGCCCGCGGCAGCCAGCUCCUGCGCAAGGACACGUUCAACAUGCACAACCUGAACCCCAUCGUCACGGCCGCGCUCGGCGGCAAAGGCGCCCCCGGCCCCCACGCGCUCGGCGCAAAGGGUCAGCCGCAGCGCCCGUCGCCGCCGUCGCCCGCGCCCGCCGCCGCACAGGACUCGCUGAACAGGAUAGGGAGCAUAGGCAGCGUCGGGAGCGAAGACGCCUACCGCGCUGGCUCCUCUGACGCCUACCGCGCUGGCUCCUCUGACGCCUACCGUGCUGGCUCCUCUGACGCCAAGCCCUACGACGUGCACGCCCAAGCCUCCGCCAACUUUGCACCGCCACCGCGCCCGGCCCCAUUGACCAACUACAGUGGGGGUCGCAGCUCGAUCCACAGCUCCCCACAUGUCGCCAGCAACGCCUUCCAGCGGCCCGAGCUGCGCACGUCGACGUCGAACCUCUCGUCGUACGGCACCACCAGCUCUCCGUACAACCCAGCAGUCACGCCGACUCAGUCGUACACCCCCUCGGCCUCGACGGCCUAUCAGAACAGCGCGAAAUACCCCCCGUCGUCGGGUGCUCCCGUCUCGCAGAGCCAAGAAGGCCAGUACUACAACGGCGCCUCCGGCCAGAGUCGGAUGAACGGCGUCGAGUCGACGGCGCAGCUGGUGAACGGCGUCACAGACGCAAUCAUGGACCAGACGCCCUCGUACGCGAUUCCCAUGUUUGGCGGCGAAGGCUACAGCCGCUCUCCUUUCGCCAUGGCGGACGACUUCGCCGCCUGGCUGUUCAACGACAACCAGUCCAUGUCCGCCGGAGGCUCGCCCAUGGGCUACCCUGCCGGAGUGGUCGCUGCGCCUGGAGGCUCCAACUCGAUCGGGCCUCUGCAAGCGCCCUACUUUGGCUACGAUCCCGCAGUCGCGGGCUACAUGCCCAGCCAGCCACCUCCGGCGAACCCAAUGGCCGUGCACGCCAUGCUCGACACCACGCUGCCCGAGGUUGCGCUGUCCGAGGAGAAGCGCAGGGAUCUGAUCGACCUGAUCAUGGGGCGCUUCAACGAGACGGACCAUGCGCCCGUGGCGAAGCAGAAGGAGGAUAUCCUCGAAGGCAACAAGGACGACGACCGUCACGUCCUCAGCCUGCACAUGAUGCAGACGUACAUUGGCUCCUACUGGAGGCACUUCCACCCACAGCUCCCAAUCCUGCACAAGCCCACGUUCAAUGCGAGCACCUGCCCGGAUCUCCUCCUGCUGGCCAUCAUGUGCCUCGGCGCGUCGUGUCUGGAGAAGACGCACGGGCACGAGACGACGCAAGCGUGCGCCAAUCUGGCCAACUUCAUGGCGUGGCACCUGCGAUGGGAGAUGUUCAUGGACGCAGACUUCCGUCCGCCAGCCAAGCUCUGGAUCUUCCAGGGCUUGCUCCUGCUCGAGUCCUUUGAGAAGAUGUACAGCACCCGCCCGCUGCACGAGCGCGCCCACAUCCAUCACGCCACAACACUGACCCUGAUGAGGAGAGGCAGCUCGCUCAUUGGAAGGUCGGCGUUGGACUCGCCACCGAGCAACAAGGACGGCAGGAGCAGCUCGCAGGGCGGCAUUGACACGCCAGACGAGUGGUGGAAGCACUGGAUCACAAACGAGGCUACUAGAAGAGCCGCGUUUGCGGCCUUUGUCAUGGACAGCAUACACGCCACCAUGUUCGGUCACAGUGCGGUCAUGGUCGCUCACGAGAUGCGCCUCCCGCUGCCUUGCGACGAAGCCCUGUGGUCUGCGACAAGCAGCAGCGAAGUCGGCCGCGUCGAAGCGAGCCUGCACUCCAACGGCGUCAAGCAGACCUCCUUCCUAGACGGCCUCAAGAAGACGCUGAACGGCCAAACCGUCCGCACCAACUCGUUUGGCCGCACGAUCCUCAUGGCCGGCCUCCUCAGCGUCUCCUGGCACAUGAACCAGCGCGACCUGCAGGUCAGCUCCCUCGGCGUGACGCAAGCCCUCGGCGGCCGCGACAAGUGGCGUGGCUCGCUCACUCGCGCCUUUGACUUUUGGAAGCAAGACUUUGACUCGAGCCUCGCGCGCCCCAGCGACCUCGCCGCGCCAAACGCACACGCCUACUCCAACGGCGUCGACGACGACAACGUCUUCGAGGCCCGCACCGUCCUGCACCACCUCGCCCACAUGGCCAUGCACGUCGACAUUGUCGACUGCCAGAUCUACGCCGGCGCGCCGCGCCUCCUCGGCCGCAGCAUCACCCCGCAGGACUACAAUGGCGCCCAGCGCCGCAUGAAGGACAUUUGGGCCCCGACGGCGCGCGCGCGCGACGCAACCUUUUACGCGCUGCGCUUCCUCUCCAACGUCAUCGUGUCCGGGCAGCAUUCGCUCAACGCCGCCGCAGGCCUGAGCGUCGCCUACACGGCGCGCGACGACGUGCUGCUCAACCGCCCGUGGGUCCUGUACUUUGCCACGCUGAUUGUCUGGAGCUACGGCUUCGCCCUCGACGGGCCCAUUGCACAGCCCUACGCGCUCCCCUCGUACGACGACCGCGUCCGCGACAUGACGGGCUUCCUCAACCGCGUCGGCGGCGUCCGGGCCCCCGACGAUCUUGUGAAGCUAAAGGAUCGCAACGCCUGUCUCGGCCUGCUGAUUGUCAUGCGCGACAUGUUCCGCAAGACGCGCUGGGAGCUGCUGCACGAGGCCAGCACACUGCUGACAAAGUGCAUCGAGAUGCUCGUCCCCGGCGCAGGCGGCAUGUGA